AUGCUAAAAACGAAGUUCACAGAACUGAUGGGGGUCGAGUACCCCCUGAUGCAGGGUGGGAUGCAUUUUGUGGGUUACGCAGAUCUGGCCGCAGCCGUCUCAGAGGCGGGCGGUUUGGGUACGAUAACAGCACUCACACAGCCUGACCCCGAAUCUCUGCGAAAGGAGAUCCGAAAAGCAAAGAGUCUCACUAAGAAGCCCAUCGCAGUCAACCUGACUCUGUUACCGAUGCUGGCCCCACCGAACUACGAAGAGUUCGCUCAAGUGGUGCUGGAUGAGGGGGUAGUACACGUUGUUGUUGAUCUACUGCUCAACAUUAUCGAACAAGAAGAACGAAAAUGAUCUUCACCCGCAGUUGAUUGUUGUAUUUAGGAGCAAGUGCGUGCUCGUGUUCACUGACACUGUGUGAUUACAUUUAUGAUUGAGUGUGUCCUAGGCCUAGCAUAUUUUUUUCAAUGACAGAUUUUGUUCAUCUCGUCUAAUAAAUGACAGAUCCGCAUCAUUGAAACUGCUGGGCGCAAUCCGGAAAAGUGGAUAAAGUUUUUCAAGAAAGCUGGCUGUGUUGUGAUCCACAAGUGUGUUGCUGUCAAGCACGCGAUUUCUGCGCAAAAAAUGGGUGCGGAUAUGAUAUCAAUGGACGGAUACGAGUGUGGCGGACAUCCGGGAGAAAACGACGUUACAAACUGGGUCCUCUUUGCACGAGCUGCAAAACAGCUUAAGAUUCCGUACAUUGCCUCCGGUGCGUGUGCAGAUGGCCGACAGCUCGCUGCGGCUCUCGCGCUUGGAUGCGAGGGCAUGAACAUGGGAACAAGGUGCUAUUAAAGCCUUUAGAAAUAGCGUGCUGACGCAAGUAUAGUAUGAUCUUCGCAACGAAAACAGACUAAAAAUGUGAUAGAUCAGUCAUCAGUGUCUCUGCGAGAAACAAUGUAGUUGCAUGGCCGCCCUCAUGAUGAUCUGUGUGUUCAUCCUCACUUCGCCAUCGUCUACUACAACAACUCUCCUCUCAGGUGGAUGGCAACCAAAGAAGCUCCUAUCAAGCAAGGAAUUAAGGAUGCCAUUGUGAAGGCAAGCGAGUAUGACACGACGCUCGUUUUCACGACGCUUGCGAACACGGAACGGGUGUUCAAAAAUGCUUGUGCAGAAGAGGUCCGUGAGCGUGAGAAGAAGGAUCCAGGGAACUUCGGAGCGAUUGCUGAUCUCGUGAAAGGCGCAAAGUACCGGAUAUCAUUUCAGGAGACCGGAAACCCGGAUGACAGUGUAUGGAGUUGCGGACAGAGCAUUGGGCUUAUCGAAGAUGUCCCGAGCUGCAAGGACCUCGUGAAGAAUAUUUGCGAAGAGGCAGUGCGAGUCAUUCAAAACAACGCGACGCAAAACAUCGUUUCCAAAUUGUAGAGGCUACCUUAAUCACUCGCACCAGGUAGUCGAUUAAGAAGUUUUUUUGAUCAAACUGCGCGUCCGCGUUCUUGGCGUUCCGUUGGUGUCAGUAGAAGAUGAACCUUCAUCAUCAACACGACUCGACGUACGACACUAGGACGUAUGCGCUAGUAACCAUCUUCCUUGUGGCUGUGACCUGAGAUUUGCGCCAAUAAUCUCAAAGUUGCCCGUCCUUUCUCUGCGAUCUCGAAGUUCGAACCUGCAAUUCCAGUACAUCAACUAUCUUCCUCCACUUAUGUUUUCGAAACAUUUUACCAAGAAGGAUUCUCAUCGAGUCCGAAUCCGAAAGUAUUGAUUAGAACCCGAUCGGCCUAAGAUGCGUGUCGACAAGAUCCCCUUCCGUCAUCUAGAAUCUGGCUUCAAACUCUGUUCUUAGGAUUCUCCCUUUGGCUACAGGCACUGAGCUGACUAGUCGCUUUUUCACAAGUACAACAAACUUUGAGCACGCUCAAAACCAGCGGUUGCCAAAGUAGAAGGACAGAUGUUCGAGACGCAUGGUUAUAUAAAUAUGAGAUUGAGAAGAUAUCGAGAUGCUGCUGUUGCUGUUGCAGCUAGCUACGUGCGUG